GGCGAGCUGAGGUGGAGGCAGGCUGCGGCAGCGAAGGCGACAGUGGCGGCGGCGCCAUGGCAGGGCUCGCAGGAUCCCUGCUGCCUUGGUGAUCCCGGGCUGACAGCCAGAGAGCACAGCGGCUCAGCUCCUGGAGAGUGAGGGUUGAAGAAAGCGGAGGGCAGCUGCCUGCGCCCGCUGGCUCCCAUUGGGUCGGUUCCUGCAGCGGUGCCCGGUGGCCUUGGUGAAGGCCCUGCCCGGCAGAGAUCAUGUAUUGCCUCCAGUGGCUGCUGCCCGUCCUCCUCAUCCCCAAGCCCCUCAACCCCGCCCUGUGGUUCAGCCACUCCAUGUUCAUGGGCUUCUACCUGCUCAGCUUCCUUCUGGAGCGGAAGCCUUGCACGAUUUGUGCCUUGGUUUUCCUGGCAGCCCUGUUCCUCAUCUGCUAUAGCUGCUGGGGAAACUGUUUCCUGUACCACUGCUCUGAUUCCCCGCUUCCGGAAUCGGCGCACGACCCCGGCGUUGUGGGCACCUAACAGCCUGCCCUGUUAGCUUUCCAAGGAAGCAGAAGAUGGGAGGGGAGGCAUUGACAUAGGUCAUAAAGCAUUGGAGUUUCAAAUCCCGCAGCCCCGCGGGUGCCACAUUCCUGACGGCGCCUUUUUUGGCCUGUGAUGUUUUAUCCUUAUAAUGUGAAUAAUGGCACUGACCGGUGCUUUUAUUGUAGAGUCCUAUAGUCGUGGGUGGUCUUGUGAUUGUGUGUGUUCUGUCCCCAUCUCGGUUCCUCCCCUUGCUCCCCAAGGCUGGCAGGAUGGUCACCCCCCUCGCCUCAUUCCUGCGAGGAGUCUGCACCCAUCCUGGUCAACCGUCCCGGCAUGACCUGGGCAGAUAAAAUGCCAGUCUCGUCACCUCUGUGACCCCUCCUUGUCAGGGUCUCUUCCCUUCCCAGAAUGUUACCAACCCCUCAGUCCCUCUCCUGGUUUCCCUUUAGUUCUCUUCCGCCCCUUUCCUUUUUGGGGGAGCACCUGUC